GUGGCGCAUGGGGGGCGGCUAUGCCAUCCACGCGUUGGUGCUGCAGGCGCUCAUAGAGUUUGCCCUCACGCCCUUACUCACACCGCAGAUGCACACCUCCUCUCAGCUGCACGAGCACCGCGUGUUGGGGGACGACCCCAUGGCCAACGGGCUGGUGGAGUUUGAGGGGGCGUGGCGCCGCGCCACGGAAGACGAGCCGCUGUGCUUCGAGCGCGUGCUGCUGCCGGGGAUUCUCAAGGGCCAGGUGUUCCCCUCGUCGCCAGCGCAAGCCGGCUACCUGCGGCGCCACCUGCGGGUGAAGCUGCGCCUGCAGCCGCCCCCCGCGGUGCUGUGGGGGCCGCAGGGCGUGCAGGGGUGGCGGGCGCGCGUGCUGUACAUCACCCGGCUGGGCGCGGAGCUGAGGCAGCGCCGCACGUUGCUGCCGGAGAGCCACGAGGCUCUGCUGCGACUGAUGGAGGAGAUGAACAUGGAGCAUGACCUUGGUGUGGAGGUGAGCAGCAUGCAUGACCUUGCUGACAUCCAUACUUCCUCUCGUCCAUGCACCUCCUUUCCACCGCUCCACGGUCCCCCACCCAACGUCCACCAGCUGGGUCAGCUGCCCCUCAACGUCCACCAGCUGGGUCAGCUGCCCCUCAACGUCCACCAGCUGGGUCAGCUGCCCCUCAACGUCCACCAGCUGGGUCAGCUGCCCCUCAACGUCCACCAGCUGGGUCAGCUGCCCCUCAACGUCCACCAGCUGGGUCAGCUGCCCCUCAACGUCCACCAGCUGGGUCAGCUGCCCCUCAACGUCCACCAGCUGGGUCAGCUGCCCCUCAACGUCCACCAGCUGGGUCAGCUGCCCCUCAACGUCCACCAGCUGGGUCAGCUGCCCCGCCAUCAGUUUCUUCAGCUGACGUUCAAGCAGCAGUUUGAGGCCAUCCAAUCAGCCGACAUCAUUCUCUCCCUGCACGGCGCUGCCCUCGCCAACCCACCGCUCUUCGCGCGGCGCACCACAGCAGUGAUCGAGAUCAUGCCGUACCACGUGCUGCACGAGACCUACUACGCCAUGGCUCUCAGUGCCGGCCUCCCCUACUUCAUGAAGAUGUGCCGCCACGGAAGCUUUCAGGGAGGGGAUCGCGCGGAGGUGGACGCGCUGAGUCUGUACGAGUGCACACAUGGGCACCCCGAGUGCAAGGAGUAUUUCACUCACCGCAGGCGGGUGGAGCUGACAGAGGAGGAUUUGAGCGACCUGAGGGUGAUUCUCGGCACGGCGAGGGAGGUGGUGGCGGCAGGGCUGGGGGGGAUGGGGGGCGUGGUGGGGCCAGAUGAGCUGCCAGGGUGGGCGGAGAGGCGCUUUGGGGAGCGGUGUGUGGCGCGGGAUGCGGGGCUGUUCUGCCGGAAUGACUUUGUGCGCAUAGUGGGCGGCACGGGGGAUUUCACGUGUGUGUUUUCACGGGAUUGUGAGGGGCAGGAGCAGCCGCAGUGA